AUGAGAUUUCUUCCAUUGCUUCCCCUUCUGGGGCUGACAACCGCCACAGCAAUCACUGCGCCCCGUGCUACCACCGGCACAGAAACCUCCCUCGAGCCCUAUCAGUUCCGCGCCCUCAAGCCCCGCGGCACUGUCCGUCUUUCUGACCUCCUCAACCCCCUCAUCGGUUUCUUGGAGUGUUCACAAGGCGAUGCCACUGUUCAGCUACUCUGCCGCAUCGUCGCCGCCAAGGUGAACGAUGCGCUCGCUGCAAACAACAUCAAGAUUGACCGAAGCGGUCUUCUCUUCCAAUACAACGACCCCACCAACGUCAAAAUUGACACUGGCCAUUCCUGCACGGUCACGGCCGAGAUCACUGGCACCCAAGCCAAUGCCAAGCUCCUCGCCGAGGCCGGCAUCAAGUUCUCGGGCAACCCCAUCUCCCUAUCCAACCCCGGCAUCUUCGUCGCCGACCUCCCCAUCGAGCUUUGGGCGCGCGCCGAUAUCAAGCAAAAAUUCGGAACUCGGGUCCUGGGUAAGUGCAUCGGCGCUGGUUCCGACUCGUUCAACGCAGCUGGCUCUCUGGCCACCCGUGCUCAACUUGCCAUCCUCUUCACCUUCGCACCUGCCCCCCUCAAACGCGAUGCGGCAGGCAACUACAUCCUCACCAUCCGUCCCAUCACCAAGGUUGCUGCCCAACUCAGCGACACGAACAUCAAGUUCAACAUCAGCGGGGUGUCCUUCCUUAACGGUCUUGUCACGGCCAUCCUGGGUAGCACAUCCAGUAUCCUCAAGGCGGUAACCCACCUCUUCAAGGGUGACUCCCUCAAGGCAGUUUGGAAUGACAUCCUCCGGUCGGUUAUCGAUAUUACUGCCGGCACGCUGCUCGCCACUCCGUUUGAUCUUCUUGAUAACCUUGUCGAGAUGCUCGCCAAAAGUGUGAUCGAGGAAAAGACCCAAGCACUUAACACCGCCUACAGCGGUGAGCUUGAGAAGGCUCUCAGGGCCAAGGUCUCGCAGGCACUCGGACUGAACGCCAAUGGGGAGAGGUCAUUCACCUUGAAGAAGGAUAUUGUUGAGUUGGUUGCCAUCUUGGGCGAGAGGAGUCCCGAUCUCUGGCUUCCCGACAAGCCUGCCAAUUUCUGUUCGUCCGACGCCCAGUGUGACGAUGGCAGAUACUGCAAUGGCGUCGAGAAGUGUGUGAAUGAGGUUUGUAUCGGCGGGUUCGAGCCGUGCACGAGACUUGAUGCCAUCUGCGUCGAGUCGACCAAGACUUGCCGAAUCCAGCCGCCGCGGUGCGGAACUGGGAGGUGCCAGAUCCCCCGAGAUGCGGGUGAGUUGGCUGAGAUUGAGGCAUACUAG